UCGAUAGAUUAUUGUAGUAUCGUACCUGGGCGACUCGUAGGCGAAGUUUGAGUUAGUUUUAAGGACCCUAUCUUUUAGUUUGACGCGAUUUUUGAUUUAUUCAAUUGUUUUUUCGGGUUUUCUUCGCUUCUGGUCGUGACGCCGCCGCACCUGGUAUCUGCAAAGGAAAGACAAGUAACCAGUGACUGAUAGUAGUAUACUACGGACUUACCGGACGCUGCGUCGGCUGCACGGCUUGAUCGGGAACACCUGGAACUAAAGGAUAGGACAUAUUAGACAACACAGUUUAAAACUUUUACAAACCUUUUUGUUGUUUGUCAUUUACGAGGUCUCAUAUAGACCUUUCAUUUACUUAUUGACAAAGGACGUAGCUUUCCCCUGAAAAUGGCUACCAUCCGAACCCCAGCUAAAAGUAGGACGGACAAUGACAGGAGCCCCAGGCUCUCCCCUGAGACGGCUAAGGCUGGCCUUAGCCCCAACGCCGCCGCGACAUCUAAAGUGCGGCGUAGCAUAGGAGAGUGGGAAGCGGGACUCAGUGAACCCCGGCCUUGCACAUCGAAAACGCACCCGCAUACCCCCGAGCAGCCGGAGCAGGACAAGGCACCUGCACCCUCUCGGACGGUGAAACAGAAGGCUGCAUCUCCUCGACUGCUCAAAGAGCUGCCGACGCGAAGGCCGUCUGCGGACACGGCCGAGGAGGUGCAGAUGCCAGCGCCGAAGAAGAGGGGGCCCACCGGCAGGAUGGCCGAAGCUAGAGACUGGCUCGUGUACGCGAAAUUUAAUGUUAAUAAAUCUCGCAACAUGAAGACAGACCUCAAGGCUGGGGCCAUCCUGGCGGUGGACAACCUCUACCGGCUGAUUAAGGAGUACGCGGAGGAACUUACCCGUAAGACGACCGGCGCGAAGACACCCGCAGCCGCAGCAACAACGCCACCUGUAACAAAAAGUGUUGGGGUUAAUACUGAGGAACUAGGACUGAAUGAGGGACGGAUGGGAAAUGAUGUGGACGAAGGGAGAAGGGAUAUGGGGACGAAGGAUAUUGUGGAGCUCCUCAAGGUCCAGGGGGAGACUAUAAACAAGACUUACCUGGAACUUGAGAAGCUGCGACAGGGAUUUGAAGCGGAGAGAACGGCACCAAUUUCUUACGCCGAGGCUGCUGCCACAACAUCGGGUAGACCUGGCGCGAUCCGGCCGGCGCUGCACUCUGUAAUCAUAACAUCAAAAGAUGAGAAAGAGACCGGGGACGAGGUACUGGACAGAGUGCGCAAAUCGGUGAACGCCAAGGACGGGUGGGUGACCGUGGAACGAGUCCGGAAGGUGAAGGAUCGGAGAGUGGUGAUCGGGUGCAAGACGGAGGAGGCUCGGCGGCGUGUGAAGGAGCGUUUGAGGGGUGCAGAGGACCAUCUCACCGUCGAGGAAAUUAAGAACCAUGACCCCAUGGUGGUUCUGAAGGACGUCCUUAAGAUGAAUAGUGACGAGGACAUAAUGGCGGCCUUCAAGAACCAAAAUGGGGAGGUUCUUAAGGGACUCGACGGAGAGGAUGCCAAAUUCGACAUCAAGUACAGGCGCAAAGCGAGGAACCAACAUUGCGAUCACGUGGUGUUGAGGGUGUCGCCGCGCCUGUACAACAAUUUGGUAGGCCGGGGAUACGUGCACAUUGAUAUGCAGCGUGUGAGGGUUGAGGACCAGUCGCCCCUGGUCCAGUGCUCAAUGUGUUUGGGGUAUGGCCACGGACGCAAGUUCUGCAGGGAGAGUGUUCCCAAGUGCAGCCAUUGCGGUGGCCCCCACAUGAAACAGGACUGCGCAGAUUGGAUGGCGGGGGACAGCCCUAGAUGCUGCAACUGCACGGCGGCAAAGUUCUCGGAGAACCUGGAACAUAACGCCUUUAGCCCUGAAUGUUCAGUGCGUCGGAAGUGGGACGCGAUAGCGAGGGCUAAAGUCGCGUAUUGUUAAGGGCACCCAGGCGGAACUCCAGCAAAGCAUCGAAACCCGGUACCGUGUUGUCCAAGCAAAUCUCCAAAGGUGCUCCCAAGCAACAGACGAGCUGAUGAUGGAAGCUGCGAAGGGGAAACUUGCCUUCGCGCUAGUC